AUGGCAGCCAUCGCCAGCAACGCCGACCUGGUUGAGAAGGUCGCUGGCUUCGUCGCGUGCCCGUUUGGCCUCCACGCACUCCUCGCACUGCUGCCGUUCGAGAGCUUGAGCCUCCCGUACCAGAGCUUAUGGACGCUCUCGAACGCUGUGCCGCUGUGCCAUCUCUGGCCGCAGCUCCGCGCCGCCGUCCUUACGUCCCCGGGUCACGCCGUCGCCGCCGCCGAACUCAUGGCCUUGCGCCCCAUCGUGCGCAUCGACACAUCGCAUGUCCCGCGCUUUCCUUUCCUUCGCCAUGCGAGCACGCGUGUCGCGCUGCGCUCUUCGGCCACGCUGUCCACGGUCGCCCACAUGGGCAGCCACGGCGGCAUAGUCGAGCUCUCGCUCGCCUUGCGCACCGACGCGACGCUGCAUGACAUUGCGCUCGCGCGGCGGGUGCUGGCUUCGUUUGCUCACCUGCGGGUUCUCGAGCUGUCAUGGAUCACGUCGCAGACAGGCGUCGUCUUGUCGCCGCUGCUGGCCACGAUCGCACGCCUGCCUCGACUGGCCGACCUCACGAUCGCUUGUCCCGGCGUGCACGGUCUUCCGCAUUUCGCCGUGACCUUUCUCUUGGCGUGGUUGGGCACAAGCCGCGCCGAGGCCCUGCGGCUGCGCGACGUCGACCUCGGCGAUGCGGCCUGUGAGGCGCUCGCCCGCGCACUGCACGCGUCGCGGUCGCUGCGGGUCCUUGACCUCGACGACAGUAACGGCGUCGCUUUCGACUUUAUGCAAACACCGUUGCCAUUAACGCUGCGCCGUCUCGCUUUGACCAAAGGCUUUGCGAUCGUCGGCGCGUUCCUCCCGUCAGCGCUCCAGCAGUCGCGCCUCGAGACGCUGCACGUCGACGCGACGGCGACGCCCGGUCUUCUCGACACGCUGCGGACGCUACCGACGCUGCAUCGACUGAGCCACCUUCGAUUGAGCCUGCAUCAGCUGGACGCAGAUACCGCCGACUGCCUCGCACAGGUCCUGCCCCGUAUCCAGAGUCUCGUCACGCUCGAGCUCGAGUGGACCGAGGCGGCAGCGGUGCCCGAAUUCCACCGGUGUGCGCGCCUCCAACGCUUGGCGCUGCGCGGGCCGAACGGCAGCGGUGCGGCGUGGCUCAUUCCGCCGACACUGCGCCAUCUCUGUCUUCGUGGCGCCGACGGCGCGUCGGUGGCAAGUGACGCCGCCGUCGUCGUGUGCUGUGCCCCGCCAGUACGCCUCUGCGCCUUCUUUCAGCCGUGCCAUUGA